CUCCCCCUCCUGGUCCCGCUAGAGCGACAUGAUGGUGGAAUCCGCCUCUGAGACAAUCAGGUCGGCCCCGGCCGGGCAGAACGGUGUGGGCAGCCUCUCAGGGCAGGCGGAUGGCGGCGGCGGCGGCAGCACCGGCAGUGGGCCCGGAGCACCGGGUGCAGCAGGGCCAGUGGCCAGUGGCGCAAGCAGAGAGGCAGCUGCAGCGGUGGCAGCUGCAGGCGCAGACAGCAACGGCGAGAUGAGUCCCGCGGAGCUCUUGCACUUCCAGCAGCAACAGGCUCUCCAGGUGGCCCGGCAGUUCUUGCUACAGCAAGCCUCAGGCCUGAGCUCCUCCCCUGGGAACACGGACAGCAAGCAGGCGGCCUCUGCUGUGCAGGUACCCGUGUCAGUGGCCAUGAUGUCACCGCAGAUGCUGACACCCCAGCAGAUGCAGCAGAUCCUGUCACCCCCACAGCUGCAGGCCCUGCUCCAGCAGCAACAAGCGCUCAUGCUCCAGCAGCUGCAGGAAUAUUACAAGAAGCAGCAGGAGCAACUUCACCUGCAACUCCUCACCCAGCAGCAGGCGGGGAAGCAGCCGCCCAAAGAGGCGCUGGGGAACAAGCAGCUGGCCUUCCAGCAGCAGCUCUUGCAAAUGCAACAACUGCAGCAGCAGCAUCUCCUCAACCUGCAGAGGCAGGGCCUGGUCAGCCUGCAGCCCAACCAGGCCUCGGGACCCCUGCAGACCCUCCCGCAAGCAGCCGUGUGCCCCACUGAUCUGCCCCAGCUGUGGAAAGGCGAGGGGGCCCCAGGCCAGGGUCAGUCUGCGGAGGACAGCAUCAAGCAGGAGGGGCUGGACCUCACGGGCACGGCCACCGCUGCUACCUCGUUUGCCGCCGCCCCCAAAGUCUCACCCCCCCUAUCUCACCACACCCUGCCCAAUGGACAGCCCACUGUUCUCACCGCUAGGAGAGACAGCUCUUCCCACGAGGAAACCCCCGGCUCCCACCCCCUCUAUGGACACGGAGAGUGCAAGUGGCCGGGCUGCGAGACCCUGUGUGAGGACUUGGGCCAGUUUAUCAAACACCUCAACACGGAGCAUGCCCUGGAUGACCGGAGCACGGCCCAGUGCCGGGUGCAGAUGCAGGUGGUACAGCAACUGGAGAUCCAGCUUGCCAAGGAGAGCGAGCGGCUGCAGGCCAUGAUGGCCCAUCUACACAUGCGGCCCUCCGAGCCCAAGCCCUUCAGCCAGCCGGUAACCGUCUCUGCAGCAGACUCUUUCCCGGAUGGCCUAGUGCACCCCCCCACCUCGGCCGCUGCCCCCAUCACUCCCCUCCGGCCCCCAGGCCUUGGCUCUGCCUCCCUGCAUAGCGGGGGGCCCGCCCGGCGAAGGACCAAUGACAAGUUCUGCUCCCCCAUCUCCUCAGAACUGGCCCAGAAUCACGAGUUCUACAAGAACGCCGACGUCAGGCCGCCCUUCACCUAUGCCUCCCUCAUCCGCCAGGCCAUCCUGGAAACCCCCGACAGGCAGCUGACCCUGAAUGAGAUCUACAACUGGUUCACCAGGAUGUUCGCCUACUUCCGGAGGAACACUGCCACCUGGAAGAACGCCGUGCGGCACAACCUCAGCCUGCACAAGUGCUUCGUGCGCGUAGAGAACGUCAAGGGCGCCGUGUGGACGGUGGAUGAGCGGGAGUACCAGAAGCGGAGGCCCCCGAAGAUGACGGGGAGCCCCACAUUGGUGAAGAACAUGAUUUCGGGCCUCAGUUAUGGAGCACUUAAUGCCAGCUACCAGGCUGCUCUGGCCGAGAGCAGCUUCCCCCUCCUCAACAGCCCUGGCAUGCUGAACCCUGGCUCCGCCAGCAGCCUCCUGCCCCUCAGCCACGAGGAUCUGGGUGCCCCUGGGGAGCCACUGCCCAGCAACGGCAGCAGCCCCCCGCCUCGCCUGUCCCCAUCCCAGUACAGCCACCAGGUGCAGGUGAAGGAGGAGCCGGCCGAGGCAGAGGAGGAUAGGCGGCCUGGCCCCCAGCUCGGUCCCCCCAACCCUAGCACCGGGAGGCCUUUGGAAGACGAGGAACUGGAGGAGGAGCGGCCAGGAGAGGAACUGUCCUAAGGGCCUCUGGGGGCGGGCCCUGGGGUGAGACCCCUCCGCGCCCUGUGCCCCCCACUCCACAGCCCUGCCCAAACCUCAAGGCACUUCCAGGACUCAGAUGGGGGCGCUGGGCAGCACCCCCAGUGUGGCCUGACCGACUGACGCUGGCUGCGGGCUCCGUCCUGCCCGCUUCCCCAGGGGCACACCCCCCUGAUCUGGGACCAUAGAGGACACGGAGGGUUCUGGCCCCUCAGACCCUCCCCUGCAUCGGAUCUCGCACCCCCCUCCCAACCACCAGCAGUAGCUGCAGGGCCACCUCCCAGCCCCCCCCCCGCCCCCACACCCCUGGAGGCCCUCAGGCGGGGCUAGGCCAUCCCAGCCCGAGCACCCCACCAUCACCACCACUUCGAUUUCGUGCUCCUCUUGCCUGCCCGCCCUGUUCCGUACUGUGAAGAAGUGACUGCGCCUGACUCUGGUCCCUGGCCCGGCCUGUGGGGAGCUGGGCUGGCAGAGGGCCCCGCCUUCAAGGGGUGUGUGCACCCGAGAGGAGCCCUGGGAGAGGUAGGGGUGGGCACUAGUGCCCCUUCUCCAGUCAUGGGCCUCCAGCCCUUUUAGCCCAUCCCAGGAAGGGCUGCUGCAGGGCCAGCAAGUGGUACAGGAGGAAGCUGCCCGCCCUCCACUGUCCCCCCACUGUUGGGGGAAGGCCCUGCCCAAAAGCACAGAGGCGACCUCAUGGCGGCUGGCUACUCUGAUCCAGCGGACCCACCACCCUCGUCCCCAGCCUGCGGGUUCCCUGGCCCCGCCCUCGGCGCCCCUUCCCGUCACCCCAGUUCGACGGAUGACCAAAGACCUUUCUUAUGCCGGAAGCAAAAACCAAAACUUUGUUGGCUUUUCCUUUGUCGCCUCCCACCCCGCUGCCCACCUCUUCCCAGUCCCAACCCGGCCCGGGCUGGCAGCUCCCCCCCACCCCACUUAAGUUAUUGUUUUAAACCAAAGUUUACAGUGUCUGUUGGUGGCCAAGACCCCCCUCUCUCUCCUCACCUCACCCGAGGACCCGGGGCCCUGCUCCCCUCCUUCUCGGCUCUGACCCGACCACGGAGAGGGAGAGCCAACAAGGGCAGGAGGUGACAGCCAGUGGCAUCAGUGGGGCUUGGGGGGGCCUGGUCCCCUCCAGCAGGGGGUGCCAGAGCACUGCUGCCCACCCGGGCUGCUUCCUGGGGCCUCUCACAGGCCCCCUUUCUUAGGACCAAGUCCCCCAUCAUGCUGGGAGUGUGGCUUCCAGAGCAGGAGCUGGGGAAUGAAAAAGGGAGACUCCACAGACCCCCUAUGGGGGACCCCGACAAGGCCAAGGACUGGGAGUGUUGGGUGCUCGUGACUCCCCAGGCCAGGCCCCUUUGCUGAGAAGACCCCCUUGACGACUUCCCAAGAACCCCCCCUCUCACCUAUGCCCCCUUCACAAAUCACCCCUACCAAGGCGGGGGCUUCUGCCCUCUCCCCAUGUACUCCCCACCUGUGUUCCAGUUUGACCAGCACAGAAAUAUUAAAAGUCCUCUACUCACAGGGC